AUGAAGCGCGCUCGGGUAAGUGGAGUAUGGAAUUACUUCAUAGUUGAUUCUGAAGAAAAUAAGACUGCAAAAUGUACUGUUUGCCUUUCGAAAAUAAGUUUUAAGGCAACAGUAUCUAAUUUAAAUAAACAUUUAAAAACUAAACAUUUGAUAACAAUUACGACAAAUAAAAAUACAAGACCAGAACAAGAAGUUAGGCUGCCAACUUCUACUCCUUCUACAGAGAUUGAAUCAAACGAUGGCGCUUACGUUCCUCAAGCCAGUACAUCCACAGAUGACAUGACGCCUUCGGCGCCUUCACACUCUGUUGAAUUUGUAAGUGUGCCAAGCACACAAACGCCGUCAGAUCCUCGACCAGCUAAUGCAAUACAAUCAACUAUAAAAAUGUUCAGUAGUACGAAAAAGUUAUCUGCAAAACAAAGAAAGGAAAUAGACGACGCGCUAAUGGACCUAUUUUCUAAAAGUUUUCUUCCUUUUUCCAUAGUUGAGGAUAAUUCUUUUAGGAAGUUUGUGGCAAAACUAAAUCCCGCCUACCAACUGCCGAGUCGAAAGCACAUAUCUAAAACCUUAUUAGAUGCAGAAUAUUACAGCUGUGUAAAUGAAGUUAAAGAAAAUCUGAGUAAUGUUGAUUCUGCAUGCCUCACAAUAGAUUGCUGGACAUCGCGGGCACAAGAGGGCUAUCUAGCAGCGACGGCGCAUUACAUCAAUAAUGAUUUUAAUUUAGAAACGGCUCUUUUACAAUGUCGUAUUUUGACAGGGCCGCAUAAUGCAGUUAAUUUGAGUAGAGAGUUGAAUGAGAUAAUACAUGAUUGGAAUUUAACGAACAAAAUUAAACUAGUUGUAUCUGACAAUGCUUCCAACGUCCAAAAUUGUAUUAAAGAGCUUCAGUUAAAAAAUUUCGGUUGCUUUGCUCACACCAUCAAUCUAAUAGCCAAAAAUAGCCUAAAUAUACCGGAGGUUGAAAAUUUUUUAGUUAAGCUAAGAGCCAUCGUGAGUCACUUCAGGCGGAGUAACACAGCUGUAGAAAAGCUAUUAAAAUAUCAGUUGAACAAUAACGUGACCCAACCAAAAAAAAUGAUAAUAGAUGUCGCAACUAGGUGGAACUCCACCUUUUAUAUGUUGGAGAGAGCGUUAUUACUGAAAGAAGCAGUAACAAGUACACUGGCAAUUUUGGACUCCUCAAGCAGUGCUUGUCUUGAAAAUAUAACUGCCGAUGAAUGGAAACUGUGCCAAGAUUUAUGCACUGUUUUAAAACCAUUAGAACAGGUUACGGUACAAAUUAGUGGAGAAAAGUACCUAACAGGCAGUCUUGUCAUAAUUUUCAAUAGAUUGUUACUAAAGGUUUAUUCCGAUAAAAUUUCUAAUGAUGCAACGUUACAUUCCAGUUGUAAAGAUGUGUGUACUAGAAUAUUAAAAGGUAUAAAGACAAGAUUGACUAAUAUAGAAAAGAGCGGCACUUUCAGCGUAGCUACAUUCCUCGACCCAAGAUUUAAAAUAGCAUUUUUUUUGGACAAACCAGCAGCCGAAGCAGCUAAGAAGAAGGUGACUGAAAUGGUUGUCUUUGAAAUAAAUAAAGAAUGGGCUACAGUGUCACCUUCAACACCAACGGUAUUGCCAACUGCACCAGCUACAAUAUCGGAUGCCAGUUCCGAAAAUGCUAGCAAGCCGUACAAUUUUAUUGAUAUUUGGGCAGAUAUUGACGUGCAGGAUGUCCAUACUCUGGAAUCACCGUUGGCCAUUGCGAUUGCUGAGGUUCAAAGAUAUUUAAAUGAUAAAAUGUUACCCAGAAACGCUAGCCCGAAUGAUUGGUGGCGGGAGCCGACACGACGCACUCAUGUGAAUGAGAACUUGAGUGCAGUAGAUCUAACAAUUUGUACAUCGGAUGUAGCUUCAUGUUCAUCUUGGAGUCCCUUACCACAGCAAAAUGUAGAUUGGGACAAAUAUAAAAAUACAAUUGAAAAUGAAGUAAGGAAACUUCCUGAUGUAAAUAUCACUAAUGGAAUAAAAUGCUCGGAAGCGUUGGCAAAAACGAUUUUGCAAGUUGCUGAGGAGCUAUUCCCCGUUAAAUCGACCUCAAACACGCUCAUGUCUUCUCCACCUUGGUGGGAUAAGGAUUGUACAGAAGCGAUUAAGAAACGAAAACUGGAAGAAAAGAGAUAUGCUGAGAAUAUGUCCACGGAGAAUUACAAUAAUCUGAUUGCUACAAUAAAGACAACACGAUCACUACUCAAGAGAAAAAAACAAGAAGGGUGGAAAUCUUUUUGCACAUCCAUUUCACCGAAUACUUGUCCCUCUCAAGUGUGGAAAAAUUUAAAACGCUUCAGGUCAGCAUUUGCUGAGCAACCAUAUAGAUUUCCAGAGUCAUUGGCUCAUGAUUUUAUGCAAAAUAUAGCUCCCAAUACAGUUCCAGAGAAUAAUAUAUUACCCGUGACUUCUGUUUCAUUUGAUCACAACUACUUUCGCAUUGAUUCCUUUUUUUCCCUAUAUGAGUUGAAAGGAGUACUGUCAAAUGUAAAGGAUUCCACCCCCGGCCUGGAUGGUAUACCUUAUUCUUUCUUAAAAAACCUCGGAGAUACUGCAUUACAAUACUAUCUUGACAUAAUAAAUAAUAUAAUGAUUAACGGAAAUAUUCCAUCCGAGUGGAAGACACAAGAAAUUAUACCUAUACUCAAACCAAAUAAACCAGCUGACGAGCUCUCAUCCUAUAGACCGGUAGCUUUGUCAUGCGUUUUAUUAAAGGUAGCAGAACAUUUGGUGAAAAAUCGUUUAGAGUGGCACAUCGAGCAUCACGAUUGCCUAUCAAACAGUCAGUUUGGUUUUAGAAAAGCAAAAAGUACAAUAGACAGCAUAGGCAUUCUCACAACAGACAUACGUUUAGCCUUCUCGAACAACAAGUACUUAGUAGCUACUUUUCUUGAUAUUUCAUCUGCCUAUGAUAAUGUAAUUAUAUCUAUCCUCAAUCAAAAACUUUUUAAAUUAAAUGUUCCUUGUAUACUAAUCAAUUUCAUAAUAAACUCAUUAGUGGACAGAACUAUAUGUUUAAAUUUAAAUGAAUCAGAAAACAUUUCACGUAAGAUUCACAAAGGACUUCCGCAAGGUUCUGUACUUAGUCCUCUGCUGUAUAACAUUUAUACUUAUGAUUUGGAAAAGUCACUGAAUGAUACUGUAAAAAUUCUGCAAUAUGCCGAUGAUAUUGUUAUGUAUAGUGUAAAUAAUAGCUUAGAAGAAGCAUGCAAUUGUUUAAAUAACAAUCUAAACAAACUUAGUAUGUGGCUUAAAGAUAAUGGUCUUGACUUGUCAGUAGAAAAAAGCUCUGUUGUAGUUUUUUCUCGAAAAAGGUCUUUGCCUCAAUUAGAUGUAAGCUAUAAUGGUAGUAUUUUUCCCAUAAAAAAUGAAGCAAAAUUUUUAGGAAUAACAUUAGAUAGUAAUUUAACAGGAAUACCUCACAUUGAUUUUGUAUCGGCUAAAUGUGAGCGUAUUUUAAAUAUAAUAAGGUGCUUAUCUGGCGUGUGGUGGGGUGCACACCCUUUUUGUCUCAAACUAAUUUACAAUGCUCUAAUAAGAAGCAGUCUAGAUUACGGAAUGUUUUUGUUGGAAGGUGGUAACGUUAGUGCCUUUAGAAAACUUGAUAAGAUUCAAGCGAAGGCCAUUCGAAUAGUUGUUGGAGCUAUGAAAUCUAGUCCCAAUAACGCACUUCAAGUUGAGUGUUGUGACGCUCCGCUUCAUCUAAGACGACAGUUUUUAUCCGAUAGAUUUCUUUUCCGAGCGCUGCAAUUUUCCAACCAUCCCUUAUUUCAUAAAUUGAAGGACUUGAAUGAAUAUAUAUUAACAUCUACGUAUUGGCGCUCUAAAAAAGUUCCAUGUCUGAUCGAAAGUUUCCGUAGAGUCACAUCCAUUACAACACGUAUACAUCGAUCUCCACGCUUAUCAUUGUUUAGUCACAGUUAUGAUAAUUUGUUAACAUAUCCAGACAUUAAGUACGAUAUAGGAAUCAUCAAGAAUGAUCCUCUAGCAAACCUUAAUUAUAAUACAAAAGUAAAUAAGGAAUGGAAAGAUUGGAACCUCAUUUUUACUGAUGCAUCUAAGACGUCUUUGUCUGGGUGCACUGGAAUAGGCAUAUACCAUACACAAUACAAAAUUAUUCAAAAAAUAAAAUUACCACCUCAAGCAUCAGUAUUUACUGGUGAAUGUUUGGGCAUUUUGAAAGCAAUUGAAUAUAUAUUAUUAGCGAAGUUAGCACGAACUGUUAUUUUUACUGAUUCUAAAAGUUCUUUACAAAGUCUUGAAAAAUAUCCAUUUCAUAAUAAGCCAUUUUACCCUUUCAUUUUUGAAAUUAGAAACAAAUUAACACUUUGUAAAAAUAAAAAUUUAACAAUAGUUUUUGCAUGGAUACCCAGUCACACCGGUAUAAAAGGCAAUGAAAAGGCAGACGCCUUAGCAAAAGAUGCCAUAGAUAGUGGUGAUAUGUUUCCAUAUAUCAAUUAUUGCCACGAUCUUGGUAACCUUCCUAAAGUUUACCUCCAUGAUACCUGGACUAAACUUUGGGAAAGUAGCGGAAUGCAAAAGGGAAAACGUUUCUAUUCUCUUCAACCACGGAUUCCAAUGAAGCCUUGGUUUAAUAAAACCAAAGGAAGUAAAUUAGCAACAAGUAUAAUCAUUCGUAUGCGACUUGGACAUGUUUGUACUCCUCAACAUCUUACUAAAAUUGGCGUAUUAGAUAAUGAAAUGUGUGAGUGUACUCUAGAUGUGGGCAACCUGAAUCACAUAUUUUUUGCUUGCCCACUGUACGACCAUUCCUCUUUGUAUUUAUCUCUUGAAUCACUUGGUGUACCCUUUCCUAUUUCUAUUAAUUGUCUCUUGCUCAAUCCUGCCAAAUAUUUUGAAGUUAUUGCCAAAUUUAUCACUCGAAAUAAUAUAAAGUUGUAAAUAUUUUUCAUUUUUUUAUCUUUUUAUUUCGGUAAGAAUGCAGUAUGUUUAUUUUUAAAAUAGAAUUGUUUAGUUUUUGAUUUAAUUAUAAUUUUUAUUUAAUAGAUUAGUGUUAUUUAAUAUAUCUAGAUUAGUAUUUUAGAUUGUAUAUUGCUACUUCUCUGAUUAUGCGCGUGCGUGAAUUUUCUGUAAUAAUUGUAAAAAUUUAUGUUUCCCUACCUUUUAAAACUUGACACUGGCAAAUAGUUUAGUCUUGUUGCCAUGAUAAACG